AUGUUUAGCCCAAGAUUAGUUGCUUCACAGAAUGUGCUUCCAAAAUUAUUUCCCCAUGCUGUUAGAGCCAAUAGCUUCCACAGUAACCGAUUGAAGGGAAAAGUAGCCAUAGUUACCGCAUCUACAGAGGGGAUUGGAUAUGCUAUCGCCAAGCGCUUGGGCGAUGAAGGUGCCUCAGUAAUUAUAAGCAGUAGAAAGGAAGAUAACGUUAAGAAGGCAACAGACAGCUUACGAAAAGAUGGAAUAAAUGUAGAAGGACUUGUAUGUCAUGUUGGUAAUGCAGAUCACAGAAAAAAAUUAUUUGAAUUCGCCAGCAGUAAAUUUGGUGGGAUUGAUAUUCUCGUUUCAAAUGCUGCUGUUAACCCAGCUGUGUCACCAAUAUUGGAGACAGAUGAGAAAGUUUGGGACAAAAUAUUUGAUGUGAACCUUAAAUGUUCAUGGUUAUUGGCAAAAGAAGCCUUUCCGGAACUACAGAAGCGUGGAGGUGGAAAUAUUGUGUUCAUUUCUUCAAUCGCCGGAUAUCAAGCUAUGGAACCCUUAGGACCAUACAGUAUAAGUAAAACUGCAAUCAUUGGCUUGGCUAAGGCAAUAGCCGGUGAAGUUGUCCAUGAAAAUAUAAGAGUAAACUGUGUAGCACCUGGAAUUGUUGACACAAAAUUUGCAUCUGCGAUAACAUCCAAUGAAAUAGGUAAAGAGAAGAGUUUAUCUAUAGUACCCAUGAAAAGGUUCGGUCAACCCUCUGAGAUAGCUGCAGCAGUAGCUUUUCUUGUAUCAGAUGACUCCAGUUAUAUGACUGGAGAGACAUUAGUUGUCGCUGGUGGGACAUACGCUCAUCUAUAA